AUGGCUGAGCAGGGAAAACUGGGAGGAGGAAGCAGAAAUCGUACAGAUGUCAGAGAUGAAGCCUUCAGAGGAGAGGACAGGAGCGCUGCAACUUCCUGCGACCUCACUACUGCACCGGGGCUGACGGAGGAGGAGAUGACCAUCCACAGAGUCCACAGGGAGGCGUGUGAGGCAAAGAAGCAGAUGUAUGUGGACCCUUCCAGUGGGUAUAAGGUAUUCACAGAAUAUGCCCACCUUCAGAGAGGGAAAUGUUGCGGCAGCGCCUGCAGACACUGUCCAUAUGGCCAAGUCAACGUGAAGGACCCUGCGAUGAAGAAAAGCUUCAACUCUCUGUUUUAUGUAUAGACCUGUAACUAGGCAAAGUAAAAUGCUAAAUGCCUGUUUGGAAUGGAGCCCAGCUUUCUUGGCUUGUCUCCUGCCUGUCGUUAUUUUGCCUGCAUGUGAGUCAUUUUUUUUGCUGUGUAAUAAAUGAUGAAAUAUG